UAUUGAAGAGAUUGAAGCACUACAAGCAAUUAUGCCAGAUGAAGUAACAGUAUUGCAAGGACACAGUGGAAUGCCUGAUGGUGUGGAGGUGACUGUUGUCCCCGCAACUGGACAGAAUAUCGAAGAACAACAUGUGAGAGUAACUCUUGUGCUGUCUUUGCCACCCGAGUAUCCCGAUACCUCACCAAGUAUCACACUCAGGAAUCCUAGGGGAGUAGAUGAUUACAUCCUAAAGAAGAUACAUGAAGAAAGCAAGAAGAAGUGUGAAGAAUAUUUAGGCUGUCCGGUUAUUUAUGAACUCAUUGAGGUUGUACGUGAGAAUUUGACUGCUAACAACACUCCAAGCUGUCCUUGUGCAAUUUGUUUAUAUGGAUUCACUGACUCUGACAUCUUCACAAAGACUCCAUGCUUCCACUACUUCCAUUCAUAUUGUUUAGGAAGAUACAUACUGAAGUGCGAAGAAGAAGCAGCAGCAGAGGAAGAAGAACCACAGCCAGCUUGGAUGGCUCGAGAAAAGAAACAGUUAGUGUGCCCUGUGUGUCGGGAUCCCAUCCAGCAAGAGCUAAGCAGCCAAGAACUUUUAAUGUCAGCUCCACCAGAAGAGGAUAAAUGUGUGGCAGAAUUCCAGGCAGAUGACCCAGAGAUAGUUGCAAUGCAGCAGAGGAUGGCUGUAUUGUAUCUGCAACAGAAGGAAAAGGGAGGCAUAAUAGACUUAGAGGAGGAAAAAAACAGAUUUCUAGUUUCUUCUAAUAGGGUUGACUCUUGUGAAGGACUAGAAGAGAGCACUGAAAGUGAAGGAGGAAGUAAUUCAGUACGAGAUGGACAUGGUGAACCACAACAGGGUAGUGUUCCCCAUUUGCCAACAGCUGGUCGAAGAGGAGGUAGGCCAAUGGUCCAUAGAUCACAUGUUCCAAAAUCCCAUGGGGGACAUGGUCAUCAGUAUUGGAGGAGUGCAGACCAGGGUGAUAUAAGGCACUGGCAAGGCAAUCGUGGAAGUCGAGGAGGAAGUGGUGGUAGAGGCAGAAGUGGAAAUACACGUUCAGCUUAUUCAAAUCAUAGAAUUAUUGCAGAAUCACAUCCUUUUAAUGUAUCUGAAUAUAAAUCAGCCCAUAUUGAAAGUGCUUGUACUACAAAGGCACAUCAAGGUAAACGUGAUCAAAGCAUAUAUCAAAAUGGUAGUUCCAACACUGCUUUAGACAGUCAAGCAGAGAGUGCUGAAAUUGGAAACAACACUGGAUGUGGAAUUCGAAGGGGCCCAAAAAAUCCAGGAAAUCGACAGAGAUAUGGCACAGGUCGUGGAAGGGGACGUGGACCUCCCCCAGGUUUUGCUCCACCAAGUAUCCGUCAUUCAGACCAAGACUGGAGUUGACGAUUGUGGCUUGCAGGGUCAUUUCCACCCUGUUUCUCUUUUACUCUUUGGCUUCUUGUCAUUGUAUUAAAUAUAAUCAUUGUAACUUCUUUAAACUUAAAGUAUUUUUCUUAUUUGCCUUGCAAACAGAAUGAAUGUUGUAGACAUAGUUUCAAUAGUAUCUUUGUGCUUCUACCUUCUAUAUCAUUAAGUCAUUGUGCAAAAUGUUUGUAUCUCGCGCAUGUCUUGAUUCCAUUACUUUUACCUGAUUUUAUAUAUAAGAUCUUGAAGAGCAUUAUCUUUAAAAUUCCACUGAAAAAGUUAUACAGAGCUAGAAAUAUUAAUGGCAUAAAUUUUGUAGCAUUGCAUCUUUGACAGAAAAUCAUCAUCACCCGUAAAUUGCCAAAGGAUCAGAGAGCAUUCCAUUGUUACCUGUAUUCUAAGAUAUGGUUUCAGUGAAAGUCUAUUUCACUAAUAUGGUGCACCCAAUGUUGAUAUUGGUAUCUUUUUAGAUCCAUUCCAACAUAACAACUUAGUUAAUAUUUUUCUUAAAAGGUUGGUUUCUGUGGAAGCUUGUGAUUAACUUGCACAAAGUGGAUUCUUCUCUUUUAAAGAUUUUGUUUACUUCUCUGCCUAUGAAAAUGGUAGAUAAUGGAUAUAGGAGACUCAGGCAAGAUGGUUUAAGAUAAGAUUGAAACUAUGAGAUAUCACCUUGACCCUCUGUAGAAUUUUCUAUAUGUAUAGUUGUAAGUGUGGGUAUGGGUAUGGGUG